AUGACGGGCGGCAUCACCAGCCACGCUGCAGUGGUUGCACGUGGCAUGGGUCGACCAUGUGUUGUGGGUGCUGCACGUGAUGCAAGAGGACCCAACGCAGGUGCAGGUGCUACCGGUGCAUGGGUGGACUUGGCCUCAGGAACUCUACGAGUUGGCGAUGUGAACGUGAAGCAGGGGGAGUUCAUCGGCAUUGAUGGAAACACGGGAGAUGUGAUGUUGGGUGAGCUCCCCACAGUGCCGCCAACUUGCUCAGUUUUGGGAAAGUCCUUCCAGACGCUGAUGAGCUGGACGGACGAGUUUCGCACCUUGCAGGUCCGCGCCAAUGCGGAGACCGUUGCGGACACUCGUCAGGCAAAGGAGUUUGGUGCAGAGGGCUUGGGACUCGUCCGCACGGAGCACAUGUUCUUUGCGGGUCGCCGCAUUGUGGCAAUGCGCCAGAUGAUCUUGGCCUCGGACCAGAGGGAACGAAAAGAAGCCUUGCACAAGCUUCUCUUCAUGCAGCGCGAGGACAUCACGGAGCUUUUUGAGAUCAUGAAUGGACUUCCGGUGACUGUCCGUUUGUUAGAUCCUCCUUUGCAUGAGUUCAUCAACAACUCUGAGACAGAGUUGUCCGCCGUAGCACGGGCAGCUGGCAUUCCGCUGGAGCGUGUGCGGCGGCGCGCCAGCGAGCUGCGCGAGUCCAACCCCAUGCUUGGACAUCGUGGCUGCCGUUUGGCCAUCACCUUCCCCGAGAUCUGCGCCAUGCAGGCGCGGGCCAUUUUUGGAGCCGCCGCGGAGGUGAAGACGUGCCAGCCAACCGUGGAGAUCAUGGUUCCCUUGGUGGCCUCUUUGGAGGAGUUCUCAACGAUUAAGGACAUCAUUGACAAGACGGCAGAAGCGGUGCAGAAGGAGGAAGGGGUGAAGUUCAAGUACCGAGUAGGAAGUAUGAUUGAGCUGCCCCGUGCUGCACUGCAAGCAGGCAGGAUCGCUGAGAAAGCAGAGUUCUUCAGCUUUGGCACCAACGACCUGACUCAGACGACUUAUGGCCUCAGCCGCGAUGAUGUGGGCACCUUCAUGGAGUCAUACAAGACCAAGGGCGUCAUGGAGGAGGAUCCUUUCGUGACCCUCGAUGAGAAAGGCGUAGGCGAGUUCAUCAAAAUCGCCAUGGAGCGUGGGCAGAAGCUUAGCAGCCCAGUGGUGCCCCUUUUUUCCUUUUUUUUUUGGUUCAGGGUUCCCUUAUAA